AUGGUGGAUUAUCUAUCCUCACAACUGAGCCAGCUUCGUCUGAGCUCCGAUAAACUGGAUGCAGCAACCUUUGAUGCGCGACUCAUUGAAGAAGAAGAUGGGAUCAUAGACAGCUCUCGGUCUCGAAAGAAAAUUCGUCGCCACAAUGAGGAAGAUCUGAAAAAGGAAUUGGAGGAUGAGUUUCUCACUCCUUCGCCGCGGUUUAGUCCGGACUGGUUGAACCGACUACAAAAGAGAUGGGACGUGUCUAUCGACUAUCAAGACAUUUUCGAAGUAGCACACACUCAGACCCGCACUAUCAUUCGCUUCAAUCGCGAAGGCCUUGAGGGCCGAGUGACGGGAUACCAUGAAGUGACGAUACCUGCAAGUAGCGCUACAGCAAAGAACUCGACAUCGCUACUGAGACGACCAGCAGCCCGAGCAGAUUUCGUCCGCGGUGCCGCUGGGUUCUUUCCCUUUGCACCAGGAGGUCUAGAUGGAGUAGAGGCUAUUGCUGAGAUGGAAUCCGAUAUGCAAGCUAAUGAACAACAGCGAGGGAUAGGAAAGCAAAGUCUUGACCGUAUUAUCAAUUUUGGAACUGAAGGUGGAUUACUAGAAAUCCCACCGGGGUUCACGCGAGGUCUUAAUUUGAAACAGGUGGAAUCAAAGACUGCAAAAGAAGAUGAUGAAGAAGUGGAAAAGACUCUGGACCAGGAAGAGGCCAUACAGGUUGAGCGUCCUGAAAUCGAUGGAAACGCGCAGGAAUACAAAGAUGGUGAAGAGGAAGUGGUGAGCGAGGAAGAAGAGGAAGAAGAAGAUAUUGAUUCCUUAUUACCGGUCGAAUUUCCUGCUUUCGAGCCUAGAAGUCACUUGCUCGCAGCUACAGCACAAAAAGGUGGUCGUGAAUGGGCACAUGUUGUUGAUGUCAACAAGGAAAUCUCAAACUUCCAUGACCUGGUACCCGAUAUGGCAAGGGAGUGGCCCUUUGAGCUCGAUACUUUCCAAAAGGAAGCAGUCUAUCAUUUGGAGAAUGGGGACUCGGUUUUCGUCGCCGCGCACACCUCUGCCGGUAAAACUGUUGUAGCAGAAUAUGCCAUAGCCCUUGCUGCCAAACACAUGACCAAAGCGAUUUACACGUCACCAAUCAAAGCUCUCAGUAAUCAAAAAUUCCGAGACUUUCGAAAUACAUUCGAUGAUGUCGGUAUAUUGACAGGUGACGUUCAAAUAUCGCCGGAGUCGAGUUGUCUCAUCAUGACUACAGAAAUUCUGCGAAGCAUGCUUUACCGAGGAGCAGAUCUGAUUCGCGACGUUGAGUUUGUCAUUUUCGACGAGGUUCAUUAUGUCAACGACAUGGAAAGGGGUGUUGUAUGGGAGGAGGUUAUCAUUAUGCUUCCGGAACAUGUUACUUUGAUUUUACUGUCAGCUACCGUACCGAACACUUAUGAAUUUGCCUCGUGGGUUGGACGCACAAAGAAGAAGGAUAUAUAUGUGAUUUCUACUCCAAAGCGUCCAGUGCCGCUAGAGCACUAUUUAUGGUCCGGCAAGAGCAUGCACAAGAUCGUUGACUCCAACAAGCGUUUCAUUGAAAAAGGCUGGAAGGAAGCCGACGAUAUUCUUUCUGGACGCGACAAGCAGAAAGCACAAAAGGCUGCCGAGGCACAAGCUCAAUCUCAAGCUGCACGAGGUGGUCAGCAAGGCAGAGGUCGGGGCCAGGCCAAUGCUCGAGGAGGCCCGCGCGGUGGUGGCCAAGGACGCGGAGGUCCUCAAGGUGGACCCGGAGGACGAGGAAGAGGCCAGCCUGCUAACCGGGGAACCGGAAACAUUGCUCGAACAGGACGAGGAGGAGGAAGGACUACAGCUGCACAGGACCGAAACGUGUGGGUUCAUCUAGUGCAACAUCUGCGCAAGGAGAAUCUACUGCCUGCUUGUGUUUUUGUCUUCUCUAAGAAGCGAUGUGAAGAAAACGCAAACUCUCUCUCAAACCAGGACUUCUGUACAGCAACGGAGAAGAGCGCUAUUCAUAUGAUAAUUGAGAAGUCCUUAGCUCGAUUAAAGCCAGAAGAUAGAGUCUUACCACAGAUCUUGCGCCUUCGAGAGUUACUAGGUCGAGGCGUCGCUGUGCAUCACGGAGGUCUUCUGCCUAUUAUGAAAGAAAUUGUCGAGAUUCUCUUUGCAAGGACUCUCGUCAAGGUGCUCUUUGCUACAGAAACAUUUGCCAUGGGCUUGAAUUUGCCCACUCGAACAGUGGUAUUUUCGGGUUUCCGCAAACACGACGGCAAGAGCUUCAGAGAUCUUCUGCCAGGCGAGUAUACUCAAAUGGCGGGCCGAGCUGGUCGAAGAGGUCUGGAUACUGUAGGAUAUGUGAUAAUCGUCACCAGUGGUAGGGAUGAAGCACCGCCUGCUGGUGCCUUGCGUCGCAUGAUGCUGGGUGAUCCUACCAAACUAAGGUCACAAUUCCGUCUAACAUACAACAUGAUUCUUAAUCUUCUUCGUGUCGAAGCUCUUAAGAUUGAAGAAAUGAUUAAGCGAAGUUUCAGUGAGAAUGCAACCCAAGCUCUUUUGCCGGAACAUGAGAAGCAGGUGCAAUUGUCUGAAGCUAGUCUUUCGAAGAUCAAACGUGAGCCUUGUACCUACUGCGAUAUUGAUCUUGAAGCCUGCCAUCAAGCAUCUGUCGAAUACGAAAAACUUACACAGGAGCUUCAUUUGGGCUUGAUGGCGUCCCCAGUUGGAAAGAGACUUUUCAUGAUCAAAAGACUUGUGAUUACCCAGGACGGAAUCCGUACCGCCGGUCUCAUUGUUCGCGAAGGUAUCAGUGGUGGCGAGCCAAGUAUUCAAGUAUUGGAAAUUGGCGCCGUGAGCGACAAGCGACAUCCAAGCGACAUUCUGCCGUUCCUACCAAGCUUCCGUCGAUUCUUCAGGAAUUUGCCUACAAGCUCCGCCGAUAUGAAUCUGAAAGUCACCCGGGUUGGGUUAGCUGAUGUAGAAUGCGUGACCAACACUUUCGUCAAAGUGACGGGGCCGAUAUGGUACCUCAAUAUCAAGAAAGAAUCGCUCAAGUUUGGUGACAAAGAGUUGUCAAAGUACUGCGCAUCAUGGGAAAGUCCUUGCUGGGAUGAACUCGACUGGGAUCGCGUAAAGGAGCUUCAAAUUCGGGAGAUAUUGAUCAAGCGACAAGAGCAGGCCGCCAUUGCACAGAGCUGCCAUUGUCUCUCGUGCCCGGAUUUUCUCAAACAUUUUGAAAUGCAGCAUGACGAGUGGCAGGUCAAAGAGAACAUUUCACAACUUCGUCAACUCAUGUCAGAUCAGAAUCUGCAGUUGCUGCCUGACUAUGAACAGAGGGUUGAAGUCCUCAAGGAGCUUGGAUUCGUGGAUGCGGAGUCAAGGGUAAUGCUAAAGGGCAAAGUUGCUUGUGAGAUACAUUCUGCUGAUGAGCUGGUUCUAACCGAACUUGUUCUUGAAAAUGUGCUGGCCGAGUACGAGCCAGAGGAAAUCGUGGCUCUUCUCUCGGCAUUCGUGUUCCAAGAGAAAACGGAGAACGAACCGACACUGACGCCCCGUCUGGAGAAAGGCAAAGAAGCCAUCAUCCGUAUCGCCGACAAAGUGAAUGAUUUCCAGAUCCUGCAUCAAGUCAUUCUUUCGAGCGAGGAUUCCAACGACUUCACCAGCAAACCCCGAUUCGGUCUCACGGAGGUCGUAUACGAAUGGGCAAGGGGCAUGUCAUUCAACCGAAUCACAGACCUCACAGACGUCAUGGAAGGCACAAUUGUGCGAUGCAUCACUCGACUGGAUGAGACAUGCAGAGAAGUCAAGAAUGCGGCAAAACUGGUGGGCGAUCCGACUCUUUAUCUCAAGAUGCAGCAAGCGCAAGAGUUGAUCAAGCGCGAUGUCAUCUUUGCAGCCUCUUUGUAUAUGUGA